AUGUUGUAGUCUCGCAGUUUGUUGAGACAACGACCGUUUGAUCCUUCCGCAUUUCAGAUGGAAAUUAUCAACACCAACAUCAGAUGACAAUUUAGGAACUAUCUUGUUAAUUUACGUUGUAGCUAACUAAUCGAUUACACUUUGUUGUAAACGAAAUGGAAAUUUGAAUACUGAGUUACUAUAUUUUCAUAAAAUCGUCUUGUUUCAAGCGUUUGGCAAAGAUGCGGGAUCUUCAAUACCUUGACAAUAAAACAUGUUGGCUUGUCAAAGAGCUGAAGUCAAACAUUUCUCAAGAAUCAUACUUUUUACCUAGGGAAACUGGCCUGAAUAUAAUGGAGUCUGCAGCAGAGAAUCACAAUGGAGUCUCUGCAAAAUGCAGAAAUGCCAAAGUUGAAGACUUGUGGAGCCUGACCAGUUUCUUUGGUUUCAGCACCCAGACAUUUGUUCUGGCUGUCAAUCUACUGGAUAGGUUCUUAGCCAUUAUGAAGGUCCAACCUAAGCAUCUGCCUUGCAUUGGAGUCUCCUGCCUCCAUAUUGCUGCCAAAAUGGUUGAGGAUGAGUGUAACAUCUCACCCACCCAUGAACUCAUCCGCAUCAGCCAAAGCAAGUUCACUGUUUCGGACCUCAGCCGAAUGGAGAAGAUAAUCUCUGGAAAACUCAACUUGGAGCUCAAAGCCGUCACAGCCUUAACCUUUUUACACUUAUACCAUGCUGUCAUCGUAUCACUUACAUCAGAAAGGGAGGAGAUCCCAAGCAUUGGGAGACUGGAAGCCCAGCUAAAGGCCUGCUUAUGUCAGCUUGUUUUCUCUAAAGCAAAACCAUCGGUGCUGGCACUGUCUGUCGUUUGUCAGGAGUUUGAAGCCCUCCAGUCUCUUGCCAUGUUGGAAAUUGUCCAAGAUGUCCAAAGGCACCUAAAGAUUGUUGACAGUGAGUUACUCUACUGGAGGGGACUCGUGGCCAAAUGCAUGACUGAGUACCGCUCAAGUGAAUGUAACAAACCAGACAACAAAAAACUGGUGUGGAUCGUGUCCAGACGAACUGCCCAAAAUUUGCACGCUAAUAACUUCAGUGUCCCUGAACUGCCGACCAUUCCAGAGGGGAGCUGGGGUGAAAGUGAGAGUGAGGAUUCCUGUGAGGACAUGAGCUGUGAAGAGGACAGCCCGUGCAGCUCUCCUGGCAGCGACGAAAAGGGAGCCUUCUUCCCCGUAGAGUUUCGCAACCAGGGCAGAAAAUGAUACUCCCUCUUUUUGAUGAGCUCAAACUUGUGAUUGAGAUUAUGUGUAACCGGGGUGCUAAAUGUAACUUUCCCUAAAUGUAAUGUUUCCCCUUCCUUGUAGUCAUGAUUCAGGACAAAAUGGUUUCUUUCACUUGGCAUACUGUAUGUGUGACAGACUGGUAUCAAACUCGGGUUGCCUGCGAGCCUGGUUAGCCCUCUCCACUAAAGCCUUGGUGUGGACAUAAGUCUUCCUGUCUAAAGCUAGGUUACUGAUCAUGGGAGUGUAGUCCAACAACCACCUCUGCUACAUACAUAUGUAUUCUGGAAAUACUGAACAACAGGCCCUAUCAAGUGCCUGUGUUAGUCCAUGUGCUGUUUUUAAACUUUUGUUAUUAUUUUAGAUCUGAGUGAGAUUUAAAUUGCAAUAUUUUGGCAGCUGACUGGCAAUAAGAUCUUUGAAAGCCUUUUUAAAGAUGUUGCUGGUGUCAAUCUAUGUCUAAAUUUGACACAUUCCAGGUGACAUUAAGCACAAUGGUGUAAUGAUUUUCUUCCUAGGAUGUCAAACCUGUGCACUGACUGUUUAAAUCAAUGGGAAAUACCCAACAUAUUGGUACAUUUGUGCAAAACUUUACCUGUUUUAUAGAAUAAUAUUCAUGUAAAAGUUUCCUAUACACCAUGUUAUUGUAAUGUGUUUAGUUUCCUAUACACCAUGUUAUUGUAAUGUGUUUGUAAGAUUAUAUGCAGGAUGAUACUGUAUUCUAUGAAUGGUGACUUGUAUGUAAAUGUGAUUGUGUUAGAGAAUGAUGGUGAUUGUUGUCUAUUGAGAUUCAGUACAUGUGCAAAAUAUUUAUAUUUAAACAAAUAACAAUGUACAUAAAAUGAUGCUUUGUGAAUAGGCCAUCUUAUGUUACUGUAUAUCAACAUAUUGUUAGAAAUGAACCAAGAACCCUAAAAAUAAAAGAGUAUUUUUAAACCUG